UUGACAUUUGAAUUUAAAACUUCGCUAAGCUACGCGUUUUCGAGUUUAAAUAAUUUAAUUUGUUUCUAAUUUGUUAUAACCUUUAAUUUAAUUAAUUAAGUACUUUAAUUUGAAGAAUUAAAAAAUUUAUAAUAAUGUUUGGCGUCGUUUUUAAUGGACGUCUUAUAACAUGCCAAAGAUUCAUAAAACCACUAAAAGCAAAUUUCAUAAAAGUGGCCACAAAAGCAACAGCAUCAACACUGUCCUCAGAUGAAGUAGCAACAUUUGACCGGCUAUCAAAAAAUUGGUGGGACGAUGUUAGUGGCCCGGUUAAACUUUUACACUCGAUGAACGAAUUACGUGUUCCACUAAUUAGGGAUGGUCUAACUAAACACCCCACUGCACCUGUCCAUAAACCUUUGACUGGGUUAAAGAUACUGGAUAUUGGCUGUGGAGCUGGCAUAUUAAGUGAGCCAUUGGCUAGAUUAGGGGCUGAAGUCUUAGGCAUCGAUGCCUCUGAUGAAAACAUCCAACUGGCCGACUACCGAGCUAAUCUCGAUGAACGAUUAAAAAAAAACUUAAGGUAUAAGAAGUGUCUGGUUGAAGAAUUAGGAAUUGGAAAGGAGGACAGGGAGAUGGCAGAAGACUUUGAAUUUGAUGGAGUGCUUAUGUCAGAGAUCGUUGAACACGUGAAGAACGUUGAGAUGUUUGUUCGUUCUUCUUGUUCUUUUGUCAAGCCAGGUGGCUCGAUGUUCAUCACAACUAUAAAUAGAACAAAGCUGAGCUAUCUAUCAGCCAUCGUUGCAGCUGAGAAAAUGUUGAAGAUAGUUCCGAGUGGUGUGCACGACUGGGACAAGUUUGUCACUCCAGAUGAACUGAUGGACAUUCUGAAGAGAAAUAAUUUCCAGAUUCGUCUACUCCACGGCAUGUGUUUGAACCCGGCGACGGAGCGCUGGAGCUGGUGCAACAACACUCUUACCAACUAUGCCAUGCACGCUGUUAAGAUGGCUGAGAACGGCGGUAUUCGUUUGGAGGGAAGUAAUGACGAGAAAAAUUCGGGUAUCAGCGGUGCUUGAAUGGUACUGGCUUGGCUUAAGUUGUGGUUUUGUUGUAUUUUGAGGUGUUUCUAAGACAAACGAUGACAAUUGUUUCGAUUUUUGUUUGUUAUUAUGCUAUUUUAUGUUAUAUAUUUAUUAUUUGGUUUAUUAUUUUAGUUAUUAUUAUUAUUAAAUAAUCAUAAUAGGGUCUGUAAAUGGUUUUUUAUGGAACAGUCAUUUUUUUUCUUUGAAAAUUUGAAAAUAAAUUCAUGAAAUCGUA